CCCAAGUCAUUUUGAGUCUCUUCAAAACUAUUCGGAGAACUUACAAAAUCAACCUCUUACUUCAAAAUUGAUCAUCUCCUGGUGCAGAUUCCUUCUUCUAUGCAGCUUUAUUGGACAGACCACAACAUCAUGAAAGCAGUUCAGGAGACUCCACUGCGUCUCCUCCUCCUCGAUAUUUUCUUGCUCUUUUUGCUUCCAUUGGAGGCCACAUCAUCACAAAGAAUACAUGCUGAAGCUCUCAUACAAUGGAAGAACAGCUUUACUUCUUCACCACCUUCUCUGAAUUCAUGGUCGCUCACAAACCUAAACAACCUGUGCAACUGGCCUGCCAUUGUCUGCAACCACAAUACACAAACAGUGUCUGAAAUUCACCUUGCAAACUUCAACAUCACUGCAGCACUAACACAGUUCAACUUCAACAAGUUUCUCGAUCUCACCCAUCUCAACCUCAAUGGCAACAAUUUCUCAGGGCCUAUACCAUCUGCCAUUGGCAACCUCACCAAGCUCACAACCUUGGAUUUGGGAAACAAUAUCUUGGAACGAGAAGUGCCUGCAGAAAUGGGCAAGUUAACGGAGCUUCAGUUUCUAAGUCUCUACAACAACUCUCUCAAUGGUACCAUUCCCUAUCAGCUGGACAAUCUCAAAAAGGUACAAUAUUUGCUUCUUGGAAGGAACAAGUUAGACACUCCUGACUGGUCUAAAUUUUCAGGCUUUCCUUUCUUAACAUACCUUGAUCUUUGUCUGAACAAUUUGGAUUUAGAAUUCCCAGAAUUUAUAUCUGAAUGUAAGAGCUUGACCUUCCUGGAUUUGUCUGAAAAUCUUUUGACUGGCCAAAUACCGAAAUUGGUAGUUACCAACCUGGUCAAGCUUGAAUCUCUCAAUCUCACCGAUAACCGAUUCCAAGGGCCAAUGCCAUAUAACUUUCCCAACCUCAAACACCUUUAUUUGGAAUCGAACGACUUUAGUGGUCCAAUUCCUGAAUAUAUUGGUUUGAUAUCUGGUCUUCAAUUUAUUUACCUUGAUGACAAUUCCUUUGAAGGCAAAAUCCCAUCCUCUGUAGGCCAACUCAGGGAGCUUCAGCACCUCGAUCUUCGAGAGAAUUCCUUGAACUCUUCAAUCCCUUUUGAGCUUGGUAAUUGUACCAACCUCACUUAUUUGGCCUUGGCUGUAAAUAAACUCACUGGGGAACUGCCUCUGUCCUUGUCCAAUCUCAACAGCUUGAUGGAGUUGGGGUUAUCUGAUAAUCUAUUUACCGGGCCAAUCUUGCCUUCUUUAAUCUCCAAUUGGACUGAAUUGAUAUCUUUGCAACUCCAAAACAAUAGCUUUAGUGGGAAUAUUCCACCAGAAAUUGGCCUGUUGACAAAACUCAAUUUCCUCUAUCUGUACAACAACAAUUUCUCUGGAUCAAUUCCCUCAGAGAUAGGAAACUUGAAAGUGUUGAAAGAUUUAAGCAUUCACGACAACAAUCUCAGCGGAACAAUUCCCUCAGAGAUAGGAAACUUGAAAGUGUUGAAAGAUUUAAGCAUUCACGACAACAAUCUCAGCGGAACAAUCCCUCCAGAGAUUGGAAACAUGAGUUCCAUUGUUUACUUUGAUGUCUACGGAAACCUACUUGAAGGGGAGUUGCCAAAAACUAUUUCUCACCUCAGAAAACUGGAGUGGUUUUCCGUUUUCACUAAUAGGUUUUCGGGGACCAUUCCCAGUGAUUUCGGGAAGUAUAGUCCUAACUUGAGAUUUGUUAGUUUCGCAUGGAACAACUUCUCUGGAGAAUUGCCUCCCGAGUUGUGUAGUGGAUUUGCCUUGCAAGAAUUGAAAGUGCACUCGAACAACUUCACAGGCUCAUUGCCUGAGUGCUUGAGAAAUUGUUCUGCAUUAAAAUAUGUCCGGCUUGAAGUAAACCACUUCACCGGAAACAUUAACAAUGCAUUUGGUGUUCAUCCCCAUCUUGAAGUAAUUCAUCUUAGUCGCAACAAGUUCGUUGGUCAACUCUCACCACAAUGGGGAGAAUGCAAAAACAUCACGGAUAUGCAAAUGGACGGAAAUAGAAUUUCUGGGCAAAUCCCACCUGAGCUUGGUCAGCUGACACAAUUGCAGUAUCUAAACCUAGCCUCUAAUGAAUUCAGUGGGGAGUUUCCAGUUUCCAUUGGGAAUUCAAGCUUGUUGUUCACUCUUAAUCUCAGCAGGAACAACUUGAUGGGAACUAUUCCUCAUGUUCUAGGCAAAUUGACUAAGCUCGAGUGUCUUGAUUUGUCUGAUAAUAAUUUUACAGGGGUAUUACCAGCCGACCCUGGGACGUUUGAGCGUUUAACAAGCUUGAACAUAAGCCACAACAAUUUAUCAGGUGAGAUACCAGAAGAGAUUGGUAAUCUACCCCUACGGUACUUCUUGGACCUCAGCAGCAAUUCAUUCUCGGGAUCAGUACCAUCAAACCUUGCCAAGCUCAUAAUGCUGGAGAUUCUUAAUGUCUCACAUAACCAACUCUCAGGGAACAUCCCAACAACAUAUUCUAGAAUGGUUAGUCUUCUCGGCAUUGAUUUUUCUUACAACAACUUGACAGGUCCAAUCCCAACUGGUAGCAUUUUCCAAAAGAAGCUUCCGAAUAAUGCUUUCAUUGGAAAUAGUGGUUUGUGUGGUGAAACAGAGGGACUAACUCCAUGCAUUUCGGGUCCCAAAAAAUCCAACAAGAGAAUUCUUGUUGGCGUCCUUGUUCCCAUUUGUGGUUUAUUGCUAAUGGUGACCAUAUCUACUUUAAUCCUUAAGUUCUGCAAGAAAUCAAAGCUUGGAGAAAUCGAUCAUCCUAAGGUGUCUAAAUGUUUUGAUUCAAUUAUUUGGGGAAGACAUGGUAAACUUACAUUUUCUGAAAUCAUCACUGCCACCGAGAACUUUGAUGAAAAGUAUCUCAUUGGAACAGGAGGUUUUGGAAGUGUCUACAAGGCUGCGUUGGACAGAGGCAAAGUCGUUGCGGUUAAGAAAUUGAAUAUGUCAGCAGAUUCUAGUGACGACAUUCCAGAAUUGAAUCGCAAGAGUUUUGAGAAUGAGAUAAGAACUUUGACAGAAGUGAUGCACAGAAAUGUAAUAAAACUUUAUGGGUUCUGCUCCUGGAAGGGGUGCUUGUACUUGGUGUAUGAAUAUGCACAGAGAGGCAGUUUGAAAAUGGUAUUGUAUGGAGUGGAGGGCGAAGCAGAAGUACUUGGCUGGGGCACAAGGUUAAAAAUUAUGCAAGGAAUAGCUCAUGCUAUUUCUCACUUGCAUAAUGACUGCUCUCACCCAAUCGUUCACCGCGACAUAACUUUGAGCAACAUAUUACUAGAUCAGGAUUUCGUGCCACGCCUAUCAGACUUUGGAACAGCAAGACUAUUGAGCUCAGAUUCGUCAAACUGGACUGCUGUAGCAGGGUCUUAUGGCUACAUGGCUCCAGAGCUCGCUUUCACAAUGCAAGUGACAGAUAAGUGUGAUGUAUACAGCUUUGGAGUGGUAGCAUUAGAAAUCAUGAUGGGAAGGCAUCCAGGGGAGCUACUGACUUCUCUAUCGGAAAAUGGAGAUAUGCUUUUGAAGGAUUUGCUAGACCAACGACUUCGGUCACCUUCAAGUCAAUUAGCAGGGCGAGUGGUUUCCAUGGUAACAUUGGCCUUGGCCUGCAUCAGCACGAAUCCUGAUUCACGACCCACCAUGCAUUAUGUGGCAAAAGAACUAUCAUCCACCAAGACCUGGACUUGCCUCUAUGAGCCGUUGGGCACGAUAACCAUCAAUAAGUUGGCAAGUUGUCAUAAGACUCAUAACUAGAAUUGGCUGAAAUAAAAAAAGGGUUUAACAACUAAAUCCCUUCUCCAAAAUUGAAAGAGUCUUGCAUUUCCUCUAGUUUCUUGUUAUUUGGUGAAUAAAUAUAUUAUUCUAGUGCCAGGAAUGUAAGUAGUAUUAUAACUUGAGUUAGUUCUGCUCAUCAUGUCUUGUGGUAUAAAUUUCAAUUACAGUUUCUUUUGGCUUGCUUUCCCCUUUUGGUUUUCAAUUCUUGACAUACUAGAGAUCAUACCACAUUGAGGUUAUACAGCAGAGAGUUUCUCCUUGAGCUGUAUCAGUGCAAUAGACAUGGAGUAGCCGCAAGUU